ACUACUUAUUCUUUCUUUAUUUUCAUUUUGGUGUCCUUUCCCAUUAAAAUAUAUUGAUCAACUGUCAACUCAGCCAGAACCAUGUCUGGACCCAAUUAGUGAUAUACCAAUUAACGGCAGCCAUCGGGUAAUGUCAACCGCGAUGUCGUCUGCAUGACACAAGUCUCCUCUUAUAAAGUAGUCAAGUGCCUACCAGCGCCGUAACCAGAUCUUUACAAAACACACCACCUCGAUUUCCACGCCAUGCCCUAUAUCGACGUAAACCAAAAACGGCUGAACUACGCCGACUCGCACCCUGCCGGCGCGCCGCCAGGAGGCUUGACAUGCGUGUUCAUCCACGGGCUGGGAUCAUCGCAGAACUACUACUUCCCAAUCCUCCCUCACCUCACCUCUACCCACCGCUGCAUAACCAUUGAUACGUACGGCUGCGGCCGGUCGCGCUUUACGGGGCUACUGCAGGAUAUCGGGAGCAUUGCCGAUGACGUUGUCAAAGUGAUGGAUGGAUUGAAGAUACAGAAGGCGGUUAUUGUUGGCCAUUCGAUGGGGGGGACGACGGCACUGCACCUGGCUGCGCAGUAUUUAGAGCGAGUCGUAGCGGUGGUAGCCAUUGGGCCGGUACAUCCAACGCCAAGCACGGGGCAGAUUUUCGAGAAGCGGAUUCAGGUUGUCUUGGAGGAUGGAAUGGAGCCAAUGGCCAACACAAUUCCUGAAGCAGCGACUGGAUCUCGCAGCACCCCGCUGCAAAAGGCCUUUAUUCGAGAGCUUCUCCUAGGGCAAGACCCGGCUGGCUAUAUUUCGCUCUGUCAUGUAGUUUCAGCAGCCACUGCGCCAGACUAUGCGGCUAUCAGCCUGCCUGUUCUUGUUAUUGCCGGUGAUGAAGACAAGUCUGCGCCGCUGGAUGGGUGCAAACAUAUCUUGGCUCAUGUGUCUAGCUCGACGAAGACUUUGGAGGUUUUGCCAGGGGUAGGCCAUUGGCAUUGCAUCGAGGCAAGUGACGAGGUUGGGAAGCUGGUAGCUGGUUUCGCUCAAGCAUAUAGAGGUUAAAAAAUCAAUUUUAGAAUACGCCAGUUAAAUUAAUUGCAAGUCAUGAAAUAAAUGAAUAAAUAAACAU